CUGACAGCACUGUAUCAUAGGCCUAUAAACAACUCAACGCUACGUUAGAUCGGUGUACUGAUUUGCAACUGAUGUCACGUGACAUUAUAACGAUAUCUACAUUAUCGAUAAUUUGCAGUAUGUAUCAUCAUUCUGUCAUUGCUACAGCAGUCUACAGAGUGGAAGUACUAUAAUAAUAAGCAACAAAAAAAAUUAAAAAACGAAAAGUCUAACAAGGUUAUAAGAUCAAAAUGGUUAAUAAAAAGGAAUUACUGGUAUUUGUAAUCAAUGUGGGAGUAUCGUCAAAAGAUUCUCAAUCAAAUCCUGUUUUUUUGGAUAAAACAAAGAAGAUUGUACAACAUUUGAUGGAAAAAAAGAUAUUUUAUCGGCCAAAAGAUGAAAUUGGCUUGUUAUUAUAUGGUUCGACUACCACAUUAAACGAAAACAAUUUCAACAAUGUAGAAGAAAUUCAAAAUGACUCACAAUGCGUUAUACAAAUGCCGAAUUGGGACUUGAUUCAGUUUGUUUCCAAUUUACAACUUACAGAUUGUGUAUCAAAUUGGAUAGAAGCUCUUUAUGCUGCUAUUGAUUUAAUUAAGCGUGAAUCUGUAGAUGAUUGUAACAAGUUGAUAGUUUUGUUUUCUGAUUUUAAGGAAGUACCUGAUGACAUUCCAUUUGAUGAAAAAGAAAUAAUAUCAAAAUUAAAAGAUCAAAAAAUUAAACUAAUAGCUAUUGGCUUAGAAUUAUUGCAUAAUAUAACUAAAGAUACCAUUACGUCGAGUGAAAAGCUUAUUAUUGAUAUUUGCAAACAAACUAAUGGGAUAUAUAGAACGAUUAAUGAAGCAUUCAAUGAUACAAGAUUUAUUAAAAAGGCGCAGUCUAGACUUAUAGGAUGGUCAUGCGACUUAGAAUUACUUGAUAUUAAAAUACCAAUUAAAUCAUACGUCAAGGUAACAAAGGAAGCAAGAUUUCCAUUGUGGGAAUUGGUAACUGAUAAAACAUCAGAAAGUAAGACGAUAGAGCCAAAUGAACCUGUACAAGCAGAACGUGUUAGAGAACACCAUGGUAGACAUAGGGAUAUUCAUAAUGCGGAAAAUACAAUACGUGGUUAUAAUUAUGGUGGUCGUUUUAUACCAUUUUCAAAGGAAGAUGAAGAGACUAUGAUGUAUAAAAGUGGGCCUAAGAGUUAUAAAUUUAUAUGUUUUACAAAGAAAAAACGCGUCGGUAUGCAAUAUUGGAGCAGCAGUACCAGUAAUCGUAUAGUCAUACCUGCUAAUAAGAGCGCAACACCAAAAUUUUAUAGUUUAAUGGAAGCUAUGAAUAAAAACGAUUUUGUUGCUAUUGUCAGAAAAGUAUAUCGGAUGAACUCAAAUCCAAAUAUAGUGGCACUUUUUCCACGCAUGAAUAUUCCAAAUGAGCCCUGGUGUUUUGUAGAGAUCAUCCUACCAUAUGCAGAAAAUACAAGAGUAAUAGAAUCCAAACCUUUAACAUCUUUUGUCAAAAAGUUAUCGAAAGAACAAAACGACAUUGUGGAUAAUUUGUUGGAUGCUUUUAUGUCGAAUGAUAUAAGAAGGUGCACUAUAUCCUCCAACCGUAUUCGGUCGAACGCCUUUUCUAUAUCUAUAAAACAGAAAAAUGCUGGCUUAUUGUAUUCUAUGGACUUUUCUGUUAUUUGUCUGAUUACAAACGCUGAAUCUGUGCAUGAUCGUCCAGUUCGGAAACCUUGUUGCUCAUCAGCUAAUGUGAUUCGCUCGUUUAUCAGUGAUUCUUCCACGAAAAAGAAAGAAAAACCAUUUAUGCCUGGAUGCGUUCCGAGCCCAAUGAGACAACAUAAAUUUAAUAUGCUGUCAUAUCGCGCAUUAAAUCCAGAAAAACCAUUGCCAUCUAUUGAUAUUGAAUUAAAAAAAUUGUUGGAACCUUCCAAAAAAAUAAAAGAAAGAUUGAUAGAUCCUAUCGAAAAAAUCAAGAAAUUGUUCGACUUGCCUGAUCAUACUACAGAGAAAAUACAAACAUUUAAAGAUCCUGAUAAUACACAAUCACAACUACAGCCAUCGGAUACGUCAAAAAAUAAUAAUUCUGCUGUAGACAAUGAAAGUUUUGAAGAAAUGAUUGCACCUUCAGAUGUAUUAGAUGUAGAUAUGGAUCCAUUGAUAAAUAGUAUUUGAGAAGUAUAAUUUUUACUAAUUGUACGCGCUUAUGCGUGUGCGUGUAAGUGAAUGAGAGUGAGUGUGUGUACGUUCAAAACGAAAAAAUUAAAAAAUAAUAUAAGAUUUUUAAAUGAUAAUAAAACGACCAUUAGGUUAUUGAAAACUGUUUAAAUAUUAAUCAGAUUGCUGAUAAUGAAUAAAAUAUUUACAAAAGAACUUAUGAUUUGAAGAAGCCUGUUAAAUAAUUAAAAAACAAUAAUUUGUUAAUAAAGAUUUAUUUUUUUAAUAAACUUAGUAGCAAAAGUAUUUACUGGCAAAAAUAUUAUUAUUAAAAGUGAAAAAGUCAAUUAAUGUUAUGAUUUUUCUAUGUAAUACUUGUUUCUUUUCAUUUUUAUUAUUAAUGUAAUUCGGCAUAAAUGUUAAUUUAAAUUUUUAUUAAAAAAAUUUGAUUUUUUUCAUAGGUUGCUAGUUGGACAGCGCUAGUCGUUGUUUUCCAAUUACUAACACAGAGGGUCUCUGCGUUACAUUGUGAAACACUGCCAAACAUUGCCAAACAUCGUUAAAUGGAACGUAGUUGUCUCCAAAUAACUAGAGUGCAGUUUUAUCGCUCUUAAUAUUUAUUAUGGAGGGUAGAAGUAAGGAAUAACAUCUCUGUAUAUGAAAAGUGUCCGUCGAAAUCGAACCAAUUGAGGUGGCGCCACAUUAGCAUCAUGGUAAAUUUUAAAGGAAGCGCCAAAUAUUAUGAGAGUAGGAUUGAGAAAUACACAAUUACAAUACAUUUACAAUCGCUACAUUCAUACCAUACCAAGUACGAUAAUUAUCGUACGAAUGGGAUCACUGUUAAUACAGUAUCGCUUUUUGGUGUAAUUGGAAAGCAAUGAGUAUACAUUUCAAUUUAUUACGAAUUCUACCUUAUCGACCGAUAUUUAAACGUAAGAGUUUCAAAUAUUAUGUAUUUUAUAAAACGUACGUAGGCGGCGUUUGCGGCAAUUGCAGUAGAGUAAAAUAUGGGGGUAUCUGUUAUCUCUCUCUUAUUCUCUUUCUGAUUACGUAAAUAUUUUUUGUGAAACAUAGCAGCGGAACGUCGGAACUUGACGGAAGGAGAGAAACGUGGAACGUGUAUUAGAACAUGUAUCCGGUUUAUUCCGUCUACUCCGUUUCCCAACGCUUUAAUCUCGUCUAUGUCAAAACUGUUAUUAGCCUCGAAUAUAUGAAUGAACGCUGUGUUUACAUGUAAUCAAGAUAUUUAAACAAUAAAUUCACAAAUAAUGUU